CAGUGACAAAGAAAUGGCUUCGGCUUCGCGAUCCUUUGCAACUUCCUUACUACGGCACAAUCUGGCCACAUCAAAUACCAACUUACACAGGUAUUCUCAACCUGGUUUAUGACAAAAAUAUUCUUGCUCUUUAACACAUUCACAUAUAAUUCCGAAACUCACUAAACAUCUACCAAUGAUCCGCUGCCCACCAUGUCUGGCUAUUUGUCUAUGCUAGGUUGGGCCUUUCUCCCAAAUCUUGCAACAGGAUGGCUCCAGUCCAUUUACUAUGGGUUUACCAUUCGCGCCGGCGAUCCCAAGCCUGCCCCUGGCUCUGCCCGCUAUAACUCGCAUCGACGCACCAUACAUAUCCUCGUUGUCGCUGCCUACCUCUGCUACACAAUCUUCGAAGCGGACUAUGAACAGCGCCGUAUAUCCUCAUACUAUGCAGAUCUUGGAGUGCCACUCGAUGCUGCCGAUCGCGAGAUCAAGACGCGCUUCCGCCGCUUGGCUGCCAUGCACCAUCCAGACAAAGCAGGCAAGGACGCUGGCGAUUCUGCCGCCUUCUUCAUGCACCUAAAGGUUGCUAGUGAUACGCUACAGGAUACUGCGAAGAGAUUUGCAUAUGAACGCUUCGGACCUGAGAUUGCACGGUGGCAGAAAUGCGUUACUAUCAGAGAUUAUGUUACUCGUGGCGUCGUCUCAGGCAUCCUGCCUCACUACGUUGUGGCUGCCGCAUCAAUUUACAUUCUGGGCUUAUUUGGCUAUAUGGAGUUUGGUAAAUGCUACCGGUGGCUAGUUCUGAUCGCCCUUUGCGUAUUCGAGCUCCAUACCGUAACACGUCCCGAUUUCCCACCUUUUGUCAAUGCCAUCAACGCCAUCCUCACACAAUUUACAUCUUCGCCACCAUAUCUACCUUUCCAGAUCAUCUCUCUCGCCCGGAGACUCACAAUCACAUUCUACAUUGCUCUCAACCAGAUAGGACCUCUCAUUGCAUUCAUGAUCACGGGGCCAGAAAAAUCCGAGGAGGAGGACGAAAAGGCUAUGAGACAAAGCCUACAUCGACUUGAAAUGUUGACAAAGCAACUUGACGGAGAUGCUGUACGACUGUUGGAUAUGGAAAUGGCUCCCUUUAAGGGCGACACUGAUGCAACGUCCAAUCUACAGGGCAAGAUGAGGGAGUGGCUUGUACAGAAUACUAUUAGAGCAGAUCCUAUGGUUAGAGAUGCUAUGGGAACGUCACUGAGGAAGAGGAGAGUUGAUGCACCGGCAGGUGCAAAAGGUAAUAGAUAGACAACUUUAUCAAUAUCUAUUGUACAUUUUUAGUAAUCACUAGUUAAUCUGUGCUCUAUGCAGACAACUUUAUGAAUAGCACGAAAUACAAAGCACUGCCAAACCCCGUUAUAAAUGACAUCAGAAAUGCAAGUCAUACCCAAGACCACUCUGACUCCAGGUCGUUAGUAUGCGUGUGUUGUAACUAGAAAGGUUAUGCGGUGCCUAUUAUGCUUGCGGGACCGCACUUAAUUGAAAGUUGAGGGCUCAAAGUCGUGAAGCACCUCUUGUCUCGAUGGGGAUGAGACAAAUGCCAAUAAAAGCCGACAAAAUAAGGACUGCAGACAUGAUAAUAGGUGUAGUAGCACCAUCGCCAGGAACGGUAGCGGCAAUGAUGGGUGCCAUAAGGCCAGUAAUGCGGUUCAGGAAGCUGGCCACGCCGGUACCAGCGCCUCGAACAGGAGCAGGGAAUAUCUCAGGCGUGAAGGCGUACAGAACACCGUACAUGAUGUUUUGGGCGAAAGCCUCAACACAAGACAUUAGAAGUUGGGCAGUUGAUGUAGUGCCGUAGAAGACAAAGAGGAAAAGGAACACCGCGGAGAGGAGGGUGGAACUAGCAAGCGUUCCUCGACGACCGAGGAAGGGGGACGGGUGAUCAACGAGGUAUGCAGCGAGAAGAGAACCAGGGACACCCAUGACAGAGGCAAUGGCGUAGUUGCGGUAUGUGUCUGAUGAGAUGGUGUCUGUUUCGGACUGCAUGUUAUCCGAUGCUUCGUUAUGUGCACGAGCAAAGUAUUGAGGAAGGAAGGCAUUGAAAAGGGGAUAUCCCAUGCCAAUCGUAGCCCAGCAGAACCAGAUCAAAGAAGUUGCCAUGCCGAGGGUCUUAUUCUGGAAUAGAGGUCGCAGACGCUCUCCGGAGAAUGACUGGAGCUUCUCGCGGAGGAAACCCAUAGUCGAUGGAGCAGGAAUCUUCUUCUCUGCAACAUGGGCGAGAUCCUCGCCAUCCUCACAAGCAACCAAGUCGAGAAGCUCGGAAGUAAGCCAAGUCUUGGUACCAUUACGGUAUGCCAGACCGUGAAUGACAGCCACUGCCUCAUGUUGGCGACCCUUAUUGAGAAGGAACUUGGGUGACUCGAAGAGAUGAAAGACGAAGAAUCGGACAACAAACAUGGCGAAAGUAACAAUGCCGAUGGUGACAAUGAAGUAUCGCCAACCCUGUUCAACUGGCCAGUUGCCGAUAAAGUACCAUGCAAUUAGAGAUGAGACAAGCUGUCCAAAGGGCCACCAGACGGACAGCAGAGUGAGCAAAGCACUGGAAGCAUCCGGGAGAAAUUCCAGAAAGAGAGCACCAUCAACAGGAAGAUUGCCGCCGACGCCGAAACCAAGGGCACUGAAGAAGAAG